CUGAUUGGUGAAUUGAGGGGUCAGGAAGAGCAGUUCGGCACGAGGAUUGGCGGCGGAGUGUCCCAUGGAAACGGAACCCAGAAUUGCAGCCAGGGGCUUGCACGGGGGCGGGGCAGGGUCUUUCCAAGGCGCCUGCGCUAAACCAGGUUCUCGGCGCCAUUUUGUCUCGGCAGCGGUCGCCGUAGCUCCAUCGCAUUUUAUGUUUCUGGCAAGAAGGGAACGGAGUUUUCAUCAGGUAGAUUGGUUUUUGUGCGUCCGUCCUCCACCGUUUCCUCCAGGACAGCACCUAGUCUUGGCCGGAGGAGUCUCAGAGUUGUCAGAAAGUCGUGCUGGAAAAAAACAGAACAUCUCGGUGAUUACUGAGGCUGGAGUGCAGUGGCGCGAUCUCGUAGGAGUGAAGUUUUUUAAAAGACCUUAUAAAACAAUGUAUUACUGAACUUUCUAGAGGGUAAGAAUCUAUAAUUCCACUAUCAAAGUCUAAAUUGUUAUUAUGGAAUCCAAAUAAUGCAUGGACAUUUGGAAAUUACUAAAAAGCCCAAAGAAGAAUACAAAAAUCUCUUCCCUCCACCAAAAGGUACAGUUUUUACUAUAGUUAUAUGUUAUACAAAAGGGUUUGUCUUUUUUGUGUUGUUUUACAAAAUAUUCUAGUUUUGUUCAUGUUCUUACCAUUAUUUUUCUUUAUCGAAAACAUUGGGAACACUGGAAAUAUUUUAUCAUAAAGCAUCUUUUAUGUCUUCGUAGUGUGUUGUGGGAUAAAUAUACCGUAAUUUAUGUAACCUGUUUACGUGUAUGUAAUGGCAGUAAUAUGUCAGCGAAUAUCCUUGUACAUGUUUUGCAAAAUAUUGUCUUAGAAAGUCGUUGCAAAAGUAAUCGUGGUUUUUGCGUUAUUGGAGUUUGCCAUUUGAUGUUGGACUACAUUGUUAAAUAAAUGUGGUUAUGUUAUAUAUCA